AUGACAUUCAGCUAUUCUAUUUUUCUAUUAUUGACUUAUCAAAUACCGUGCGUUUGGACAUCUCAAUGUCAUCAUUGCAAUGCGAAAACUUUCAAUCAUCUCAUUACAAUUGACGAUCUUCCGGUUGCAACUGAAGACGAUUGUAAUGUAAUACGAACUACUUAUGGCUGCUCGAUACAUAUUGAUUGGCUUGCAGACGGUACAACUGAAGUAUAUUAUGAUAUAAAGCCAUCGCUACCCUACGGUAGUAUAUUAACAAUUACGGAACAUCAAGUCGAUUUUGACACCGGCAAUUACUCGACUCGUAGAUCUAUUUAUUAUAGUUGUAAAUCGAAAACGACAGCUUGUAAUACAAUUGCUGAUUUGCAACGUGCAAUCAAUGCAAUAGAAUUUCCUACAGAUGAGCAAAUAGAGCAAUUUAAUGCUUUGAUUGCUCCGACGCAAGAUUUCGAUGGUAGCUCCUGUUUCCAAUUAUCAAAUGCAACAAGUUGUUCGACUACUAAUUGGACUAAUUGCCGACAGUGUAUGAUUACUGGCCACUAUUCUGAGCAAUUGGAUGUUUGUUCAACAUGUAGACCUAAAAGACAUACAAGAAAUUUUUUUUCUUUUGAAACAACAUUCUUGUUGAAAGAGAAAUCGCAAUCGGAACGAAUAAAAAUUGUUUGUCAAGGACGUAAUAACUGUAAUUCAUUAGAGAAUAUCGAACGUAUUCGACGAAAGUUACCGACACAAUUAGAUUUCAUGAAAUUUUAUCGCUCGACUGCAUCGACAAUGAAAUUAACCUUUGCAUUUUUAUUUACGACGUUGUUCACUUUAUUGUCUUCAUGA